AUGGACCUCAGAGCCUCCAUCUCCCUUCUUGUGCUGCUGCUUGGCCUGUCCAUGGCUCUGCCUGUCAUGGAGGACGGUGAUGAAAAUGAGAUUCUCAUAGAGGAGUCUGACAGAGUGGACAUAACUACACAGAUUCUGGCAACCAAUAAAGCUUCCAGUGAGCUUUUAAUGGAAGGAGAUCUUGUUGUGCCAAGAACCAGGAAUGCUCUGGCUUGCUGGAACAACAACUGCUUAUGGAAGAAGUCUUCUAAUGGGAAAGUUGAGGUCCCCUACACAGUCAACUCUCAGUUUUCAUCCGCUGCUAAGAGGAAAAUUCAAAAUGCCAUGGCAACCUUCAACAGAAAAACCUGUGUUCAGUUUGUUGCUCGCUCGACUCAGAGGGACUACAUCAGCAUUGAGAACAGAGAUGGGUGCUUCUCCAGCCUUGGGAGGACAGGAGGCAAACAGGUGGUCUCCCUCCAAAAGAACGGUUGUGUUUACCACGGCAUCAUCCAGCAUGAACUCAACCAUGCUCUGGGCUUCUACCAUGAGCAAACCAGGAGUGACAGAGACCAGUAUGUGAAAAUCAACUGGAAUUACAUCAACCCACGAAUGACUCACAACUUCAAGAAACAACGCACCAACAACCUGAACACUCCAUAUGACUACUCUUCUGUGAUGCAUUAUGGGAGAACUGCUUUCACAGUCCUGAAUGGACGGGAGACAAUCACUCCAAUUCCAAACGGAAAUGUGAAAAUUGGACAGAGACAGGGACUGUCCACCACUGACAUCCUGAGGAUCAACCAACUCUAUGGAUGCUGUGAGUAUGACCUUCAAACCCAAUCGGGUCCAGAGAUGCCUCAUUCUUUAUGUCUUUUAGGGAAAUCUGAAUUGUGA